AUGCGAUCAUUUAUCAAAGCACAUCGAAAAUCAAAUUCGUUAGAUAGAAGUAAAACGAAUGAACCUAUAUCGGGCAACAAUACUUCCUAUAUUUCAACAAAAUCUUCUCUCACUAAUAAUGAUACUGUUAAUACAACCAAAAUAUUAAACGAUAGACGAGCUUCUGAUAUAAUACCAAGAGUCUCUUUAAAUGCUAGAGAAGGUAGUAAUAGUGAUAGCAUAGACUUUACUCCUACAACACCACAUAAAUCAAAUAGUAGUCAAGAACGUGGGUCUCCUUCCAUUGCAUCUCCAAGUUUUGAAUCUUUCCAUAAAUUUGCAUCCAAGACUAAAUUAACUUCGAAAUUGUUUAACAAAAAUGCACCAUCAAAUAUACCGCAAGGUUUACAAGCCCAAGAACAACCUUUUACAACUAGUAAUAGUACAUCUGCUUCAUCAUCUCCCACUAAAAAACCGAGAUCAACAUUCGAAAUUUUACCAACUAUCAAGGGAACGAUUACCCAUUCUUGGGGAUAUCAUCAUGGCUCUUCUCCAAUUAUUAAUCUAAAUAAUAAUUAUGAAGAUCAAGGUUCCAAUAGUGAUAGAAGGUUUUCUUCAGAAUCCUGGGAUCCAACUUUUAUGACAUCGCCAACAACAAAUUACCUUUUUGAGAAAGAACAAGGACAAACACAAGGUAAGAAAAAUCAAAAUAUAGAUAAAGGUGCUAUUGUGCUUGAGAAAACCGAAACAUGCGAUACAGAAUUAGAUCCUGCCUUUAAGAUCUCUAGGUCAUCUCAAUUUUCUAAUAUCCAUAAUGAUUCACCUCAACCAAUAGAAAAAUCUCCCACCAAUGAAAUCAUGGAUGCUGAUAGGGUCAUUAUAAGGCCUGACAAAAACCAAAGUGUAGAUACCCUCCAAUCAACUGAAAGUGAACGCCAUGGUAACAUUUCUCGAAACAAAGUUAAGAACAAAAACAGGAAGAUUACGAUUCACUCUAGUGGAGAUUUAUUGACCUUACAAAAAAAUAGUAAAAGUUUCGAAAAUUCACCCUUAGCUAUCCCUUCAAUUCCUAAAUUUGUAAUACAGGAACCAAUAUCAAAGAUAGUCCCUGAAAAUUACGAUAAUGGUUCUGAUGGCAAUCACUCUAAAGCUAGUAAAGAUACUAAUCACCUUACUUUUGAUACUGACUCAGAUUCUGAUGAAUCAAAAUUCUCUUUUGAGUAUUCAACUAUUAAUGGUAGGACAUCGUCUGUCAAAUAUUAUAAAACUCCAGGAGAGACUGAAGAAGAGGAAGUAGAACAUCUUGAAUCGAAACUAAGCGUUUAUAUGGAUGACAUGUAUGAUGAUGAGGGACUCGAUGACGACAUGAACUACAUAGAUGAUAGUUAUGAUCAUAGUAGUGAUAAUAAUAACCAUGAGCAUUUUGACAUAAGUAACGAAAAGACCCAGAUUAAGCAAUCAAAAACCGUACAAAAAUAUGAUGAUUUAUUUGAUUUAUCUGAUGAGCAAGAUGAUUCGAUUGAUAACAACGUUGAAGGGAAUUCAAGUUUACACUCUCAAAAAGAUAAAAUUACAGAAUCUACCAUUUUAAAUGAAGUGGAAGAUUUUAAUCCUCAUAAAUCAAUAAAUACCCAGAACAAUAGUAAUGCUACCUCAAAUAAAACUAAGUUGUCAGUUACAAAAUAUAACGAUCUCUUUGAUAUCUCCGAUGACAGUUCUAAUUCAACAUACUCCCCUGAGAAUUUGCAUACACAUGAGCUAAAACUUACAACUUCCAAUAAGAAAGGGAAAUCAAAACCAAUAAUGAAAUAUAAUGAUCUUUUUGAUAUCAGUGAUAGUGAUAAUGAUAGCGCUGACGAAAUCUACCCCGAAAGCAUCAAUGAUACUAGACAGUAUUAUAAAAGAGAUGAUGCGUUAAACACAGAAAUAAGCACAUCGACUAGUAACCGCUUGAAAUUGGAUAAUUCUAAAUUACCUUUCCUUGGGAUAGAUAUACCUAAUGCAAAAAAUCAUAAAUUACCAGUUUUGAAUGAAAAUACUCGAUCUGUUGACUUUACGUCCCCACCACAUCAUGAUUCUUUAUAUACGUCCUCUCCAAAUAACAGCAAAAUUCCAAAAAUAUUAUUGUCCCCCAUAGAUAAUGACACUAGAACAGAUCUAACAGUAGAUCUUAAGACUCCAAAGGAACGUUUGCUAAAAUUUUCUCCGUUAACCUUCACAUUAAAUGAGAGCAGUCCCAUACAACCUCAUCUGCCGCCACCAGCUAGAUCACAAGCUUUAAAAUUUCACGACCUAAAUAGUAACAUGGAUUCAGAAAUUCCAGGCCUGACGAGCAAUUUAUUUUUUAUCGAUGAGGCUGAGGAAGAUGAGUACAAUACCAAUUUAAAGAUACAUGAUAUUGGCACUGAAAAUACAAGCCAACAUGAAGGAGAAGAAAGUUAUAGUGAUUAUCUAGAUGAGAUUAAUACAGUUCCUGAGGAUUUCGAAUUUUCUGAUAGCGACGAAUAUCAAUUGGAAACCUUUUCAGGAAAGCACCUUGGAAAAGUAUCACAUCUUUCCUUAAGAAAAUCCCCACUAGGGGGCAGGGAGUCUUUUAGAAGAACACAUAGUUACCAUAGUAAACCACUUAGCAUAUCAAGAGAAAAUAGCCCAAUGAAGAAUAAACUUGAAUUAGAUAAUAAGACGGUAACAUUUUUUAGUUCUUCGUGGGAAGAUGUAAAUGAUAACAAAGAACCUUGUAGGGUAUCUUCUUUUAAAAGAAAAAGUGAUAACAUUUCACCUAGCCCAGUUAUUCCAGAAAAUGGCGAAGAGAACACAUCUACAUUUUUCGAACCUUCUCCCUCAUACGUUAGGAGUAGUACGUAUUCGCUUAGCCCAAUUCAGGAAUCUGCUUCAAAUAAUUCUGCACCAGGUUCACCAAAAAUGAAACAACAUAAUAUAUAA